GAUCCCAAAAAGUAAACAAAAGUAAAAGUCAAAUCGUCAAAUAUCUUGAAAACCGGUGAAUACUUUUCGGUGAAAUUUGGUAGAUAUUCGUUUUGUGCAAAAUACCACCCCAAAGAUGCACAUUUUCGGAAUCAGCGCAUCGAGGGCAUCGAGGAGGACCUUGACCUACGUACCAAUUUUGAGCUAAAUUGAAACACCCCGAAAUAUGCUGCUGCUACCAUGUGGUUCCUUUUAACUGCUGGUAUGCUGCUGGCCUGUGUGGCCUCAGCACGUGGGCAGCUAACUGACAACAUUGAUGAUAUGCUCAACUGGUGCCUGGAUGGAAAACAUCACAAGUCUCGGCCAGGACCAGAGGACGAACUGCACAGAUUUUGCUCUCCGUGGCGUGAGCGGGCCUGCUGCACGGCCAACAUCAGCCGCGCGCUGCACACCUCCUCGCUGCACGGCUUCACGUACGACCACUGUCCGGGCCGCACCAUGUCGGCCGAGUGCCGCUGGUACUUCCAGCGCGACCACUGCUUCUACGAGUGCUCGCCCAACAUCGGACCCUGGGUCACAAAGGUGGACAUGAAGAUCCGCAACGAACGUUUUGUGGACGUGCCACUGUGCGCUACUCACUGCACCAUGUGGUUCGAGGCCUGCAAACGCGACUUCACUUGCACCGACAACUGGACGCGCAACUUCCGCUGGAAGAACGGCACCAACCACUGCCCGGCCGGCGCUCCGUGCUUCACAUUCGAGCAGGUCUACCAGACGGCCGACAACUUCUGCGAGAAGGUGUGGGACCACUCGUGGAAGUUCACGGCGGACACGGAGCCGUGCAUGCAGCUCUGGUUCGACCCCGCUCAGGGGAACCCCAAUGACGCCGUGGCGCGCAUCGGGGCCGAGCGGGUGGUGGUGGCGGCCGGCGCGUGGUCGCUGCCGCCGCCGGCCGCCGCGUGGCUGGUGGCCGCAGCGCUGGCGGCAGCGGCCCGCCCCUGACCAGGUCACCGUGUGUCGAGCACAGAGCGCCCACUGAGGUCAGUCUUGUGAUCGAGCUUCCGCGCCGAAGGUGGAACAGGUGGAGCCGGCGACCAGCGGCGCGGGCACGGCGGCCUGAGUGCCGCGAUCUGAUCCAGAUCUGCUGCAACCCAUUGUAUUCUCCUGUAGUCGAUCGGUAGGUACUCAUUUUUCUGAUAUUAGACGAGUGGCGUGUUUUGAUACCCUGUAUUGGAGACUGCCGUCUCGGGUGGUCCGUCUCCGACAGCGCUCGACUGUGGCGUCGGCUGCGGGUGUUAUGUACAUAGACGGGACGCCGCGGCUCGGAUUCGGAGCUGGACCCGGUGCGUGGUAAUGGAGAUUGUUCGGGGCGCGGUCCCACACCGUAGUGCAAUACUAGCGAUUUGCGACAACUUACCAAGGUAAUUUGUAGAGUACGUGUUUUGAUGGAUACGAGAGACAGUCCGUCUUUCGCUAUCAGUCAUUUGGUUCAAGAUACCUUCGAUAAGAUACCCUGAAGAUACUUUACAAGAUAUGAUCUGAAAACUAAAUGCGCUUUUCUUCCUUAACAUGUGUUACGGGUGGUAUGAUAAUAUGAUUCACUGCGUUUUUGUUCGACACAUAUGUUCGGGGCGGCCAGUCCGCCCACAGCUGAUGCAUGCUCAGCCGCUGAUGCCUGGGGAAGCGCUGUGCUGUUUACGCCCACAGGUCGCCGGCCCGAGAGCUGUUCGGUCGCUGCUGUCAAAACAGCCUCCCACAAAAACACGCCGGCUGGGCCGCUGACAGUUCACCACUGAGAGGCCGAAUAGCGUUAGCAGGUAGCCUUGUUCACCUAUAUGUCCGACCUGAGCCCACUGGUGAAAAGCGGCGACCGAGCAGCUCUCCGCAGCGCCGCGAAUCCUGUACACUGUAUUAUACGCAGUACAGGUGUGUCUGCCCUGCACACAGAGACACAGGACGUUUUGUAGAGCUUUUAUAUCCGCUUGCUGCGGAAGGGAAUAUUGUACAUUUUGAGAGCUUUCAUAUAUGCGAGAAAAUAUAGUGCAAUAAAACAUUUAUGAAUCCU